GGGAGGGCGUCGAAAGGAUGUGACGUCACAGAGCCGCCUGCCGCUAAGCUGUGAGCAGCAUUGUUCAUCUGACCGAGAAGGAAAAGGGGAACUCGGAGGCCGUGGAGACCUGCGCGCUGUCUCGAGACAGUGAAGACAGGGCUCGUGAACAUGGAAGCCCCUGGGCAAAGCCUGCCGGAGACUCAAACUCCAGCCCAAGACGCCUCAAUCGUGAAUACUGACACAGGUACGGACAAAGUUCCUGCCUUACCGGGGGGCAAGAGAAAGCAUAAAGGGCACUUGCCUCCCGAGUCCGUGAAGAUCCUCCGUGACUGGCUUUACGAGCACAGGUUUAAGGCCUACCCUUCGGAGGCGGAGAAGCGAAUGCUGUCAGAUCAGACCAAUUUGUCUUUUCUGCAAGUAUCUAACUGGUUCAUCAACGCCCGCAGACGAGUUCUCCCAGAAAUGCUUCAACAGGAUGGGGACAACAACCAGAUCACCAUGAACCAACAAAAAGGCAAGGCCGCAGGUUCGAUUUACAUGCAAAGCACUGGUCCGUCUAUGCAUGCCAAAUCAGGGUCCAGCGAUCCAGACAUGGCACAAUGCCUGCCCCCGGGCCCCCUGACAGUAAGCCCAGAGUCAGGAGAGAAGCUUCUGGAUCGAGAGUUGCCUCCACGCCGGAAGAGGAAGGCCCAGACAAAGAAAAAAGGCAAGAUUUCCACCAGAGAACGCCUGCCUAUGUCUUCUACCGAACCCAUGCCGCCAGAGGAGUACAAGGACUUCAGCAGCUUCCAGCUGCUGGUCGAUGCAGCCGUGCAAAAGGCUGCCGAAUUGGAGCUACAGAAGAAGAAAGAAACCAGUCAGUAA